CUGGAACAUUUCUUUUGUCAGAAAACUCCCGUCAAGCCUGCUUUGAAAUCAUCAACAGGUUUGAAUAAGCCCCCAUCGUCGUCUUCAAGUGACUCAGAUUCAGAUGAAAAGACUCAAAACAAGAUAACGCCUGCGAAGACGAUAGCAAAGCCCAUUACUCCUGCUUCUGCCAAAAGACCAGCUUCAUCAUCGAGCAGUUCGAGCUCUGAGGAUGAGUCCACAACCAAGAAAAUCACUGCUAAAUCAAAAUCUCUCCCAGUAACUCCGGCUACCAGGAAAGCGGGGUCGAGUGAUUCAGAUUCUGAUGCGGAUAAAAAAGCGAAAGAAAAAAAUGCCGACAAAGAAGAUGUGGAAAAUGAUAAAAAGCCUAAUGGCACUCCAAAGAGCUUCCCAAGAAAAUCCAACGAACCAUUUCGACGCGUUACGAUCACAAAGGAGUCUCUAAAAGACAAAUUCAAGGAUAACUCUUAUGACCCCUCUUUUGAUCAUUGGGGUGCGAAGGCGCACGAGGCGCUAAGCAAGGUACAAGGAAAAGGUUUUCGACAUGAGAAGACGAAAAAGAAGAAGGGAAGUUAUGGCGGAGGACCAAUAAGCACUUCUGUGAACUCGAUAAAAUUUUCGGACAGUGACUGA